AUGCAUAUCUUUAUUCUUGCAGCAUUUGUGGCUCUUGCCGCAGCUCAUCCUUCGGCCCCUGCCCCUAAUCCACCUUCUCCACCUCCGCCUGGCCCACCCUCAGCAACAUGCAUCUCAGCCCCGGACGCUUCUCUGGUCGCCACGAACUUCGGAUUCACAAUUUCCAACUCCACCAAGGAUGUAGCAGUCCAAUUAUUCACCAACAACUUUACAGAUCAGUCUGAUGGCGUACUCACUCUGAUGAACGAACCAGGACUGCAAGCCCAAGACGUGAGUAGAGCCAACAUAAACUCCUUCCAUCUGACACAGCCAAUAACAUACCUCACCCAGCUCGGCAAACUAACCUUUUCCUCCAAAGCGGAGUUUCUCGCCGCCCAAGGAGCUCAACCCAACGUCCCCUUUGAAAUCUUGAACUUGUGGAAUACAUGCAAUACCGUCAUUAUCCGUUGGUUAUCUGCUCAAACACCCUAUCCGGUUCAAGGUAUCAGUGUGGCUACGGUACAACCUGCUAUCAAAGGACAAGGUGGUGGCUUUGGCGUUGGACCGCAGAAAUGGCAGAUUAAUAAUAUUGUUGCAGAGUUCAACUCUGAGGCUUGGUUGGGUAAUCUUGGGUACCCGGAGUGUGGAUCUAGAACAGCCUCUUGA